CUUCCUUUUUCAGCAUGUCUCUGCUUCUCAGUCGGCUAUGCUUUAGUAAAUCUGCGAGACUACCUUUUCUUAUUCUCUCUAAUGGCUUCUCAUCUUCCUUGCGUCAAACCCCUCCUUGUUCCAUCAUCAGAGCUGAACUUUGUGGACCUGAUAUGGGCAAACUGAUCAUUUUCAAUGCUAAUGAAACUGACUACACUCACUUAGAUAAGAAGGUGCCUCUGGAGUUGAUGGAGCAAAUGGGAACGGUAGCUUCAUCAAAUGGUUGGGUAGUUACUCUUAAGGAAGACGGCAUAUUGCGUCUCCAAGACGAUCUCAACCCUGUUGCGUCGGAUACAAACCCCAGACGCAUCCCUUUGCCUCCCCCUGUAACUCUGCCUCACUGCCAAACCAAAAUCAUCACCAACGUGUCAAUGUCCUCAUCUUCCCCUGAGGAUGAAGACUGUGUGGUGGCCGUCAAGUUCUUAGGACCUCAGAUCAGCUUUUGCAGACCGGCUCAGAGCAACUCCGAGUGGACCAACAUCAUGAUCGAGAACCCCUGCUUCUACUCCUCACGAGUAAUGUUUUCUAAGAAAGAUGAAAUGUUUCUCAUGCCUGGCUCUGGAGGCCACCUCAUUGGAUCAUGGGAUCUCCGAAAACACAAACCUAAAACAAAGAUUAGGAGGUUGCGAUUUCGAGACCUCCCCGACCUGACCAAGACCAAACGGGAGAUAUUGCAUUCGUGCUGCAAGAGCGAACACUUGGUAGAGUCAAGAAUCACGGAUGAGAUUUUCUUGCUUAAGCAGUACAGGAAGACCACCUCCAAAACCGUCAAGGGUGUUGCACAAAUGAAAACAGAAGCUUUGAUGGUGUUCAGACUUGACGAAGAAGGAAACGCUGUUUACACUAAUGACAUUAAAGGUCUCUGCAUUUUCCUCUCAAAGGCUGAACCAUUUUGUACCCAUGCUGGCUUAUUUCCUGGUCUGAGCCUUAACGUCGUCAAAGUCUUGGACGUGGACGAAACUGGCUUUGUCGGACUGUACAAUUCCUUCAUCUGUACUUGGAAUUCUACAUUCAGCGUCCCUUACCAUAUUACACCUCAAAAUAUAGACUAGAGUCCCAUUCCAUAAUAU